UUGGAGGGGUUGCAUCAUUCUGGGAGCGGCGGUUGGUGGCGGGCGGUUGGGAGGCCGGGAGCAGGAUGACGGGAGAUGAUGUCGGUGUCACUGUGGGCCAGCCGCACCUGGCGAAGCAGGACCUCAACGCCCUGGAUGUUAGCAAAUUAACACCUCUCAGUCCAGAAGUCAUCAGCAGGCAAGCUACGAUCAAUAUAGGCACAAUUGGCCAUGUAGCCCACGGCAAGUCCACUGUAGUUAAAGCUAUAUCCGGUGUUCAGACUGUCCGAUUUAAAAAUGAACUGGAAAGAAAUAUUACUAUCAAGUUGGGAUAUGCCAAUGCAAAGGUUUACAAACUUGAUGAUCCCAGUUGUCCAAGGCCUGACUGUUACAGGUCAUGUGGUAGCAGCACGCCAGAUGAGUUCCCUUCAGAUAUCCCUGGAACUAAAGGAAAUUUUAAGCUAGUCAGGCACGUUUCUUUUGUGGAUUGUCCAGGGCAUGACAUCUUGAUGGCAACUAUGUUGAACGGAGCUGCUGUCAUGGAUGCAGCUUUGCUUCUAAUAGCUGGUAAUGAAUCUUGCCCACAGCCUCAGACUUCAGAGCAUCUGGCUGCUAUUGAAAUCAUGAAACUGAAACAUAUUCUGAUUCUGCAGAACAAGAUUGACCUUGUAAAGGAAAGUCAAGCAAAGGAACAGCAUGAACAGAUUCUUGCUUUUGUUCAGGGUACAGUUGCAGAAGGAGCACCGAUUAUUCCAAUCUCAGCACAACUAAAAUACAACAUUGAAGUAGUGUGUGAAUAUAUUGUAAAAAAAAUUCCAGUUCCCAUCCGAGAUUUUGUAUCUGAACCAAGGCUAAUUGUUAUUCGAUCCUUUGAUGUCAACAAACCUGGCUGUGAAGUAGAUGAUCUAAAAGGUGGUGUAGCUGGUGGAAGCAUUCUGAAAGGAGUAUUAAAGGUAGGACAAGAACUUGAAGUUCGACCUGGUAUUGUGUCAAAAGACCAUGAGGGGAAGCUGAUGUGCAAACCCAUUUUUUCAAAGAUUGUAUCACUCUUUGCAGAGCACAAUGACCUUCAGUUUGCAGUACCCGGUGGCCUUAUUGGUGUUGGAACUAAGAUUGAUCCAACUUUGUGCCGUGCUGAUCGUAUGGUGGGACAGGUGCUUGGUGCUGUUGGAGCUCUUCCAGAAAUCUUCACAGAGUUGGAAAUCUCCUAUUUUCUUCUCAGGCGAUUGUUGGGUGUGCGUACAGAAGGAGACAAGAAAGCAGCAAAGGUACAAAAGUUAUCCAAAAAUGAGGUGUUGAUGGUAAAUAUAGGAUCCCUUUCUACUGGAGGAAGAGUCAGUGCUGUAAAGGCUGAUUUGGGGAAGAUAGUGCUCACUAAUCCAGUGUGCACAGAAGUUGGUGAAAAGAUUGCCCUUAGCCGAAGAGUAGAGAAACACUGGCGUUUAAUUGGCUGGGGUCAGAUAAGAAGAGGUGUAACGAUAAAGCCAACAGUUGAUGAUGAUUAAAGCUGGAGAGAAUGGUAUCAUUGAAGAGGACUAGUGAACUGCCUGUAGCAGAAUAUAACAUUUUCCAAAUACAGUUAAAUACUACUUAAACAUGGUUUAAAAGAACUUAUGGUAUCAAGACAGUCGACUUGGAAAAGUGUUUUUUUUAAAUUCAGCUAUCUCCUGGUGACAAAAAGAAGUCUAAUUUAUAUUUGAAUAGAAGUUGUUUUCUCUGCAAGAAUAAAGUUUCAUUCAAUCAGGUCUGUCAACAUUGGCAGUCAGUGAACAUAAAACAUUAAAAGUGUUUUGACAUUUAAAAUUAAAUGUGCAUUUUUACCUUCAUAUGUUCCUGCCUAAGUCUAGAUCUUUCUGCUGUUUCAUUCAAAUAGAAUAAUUUUGCCAGCACUGCAAGGGAUUGUCCUUGCAGAGCAUUUGAUAAAUUGCAUUGAGAAAGGGUGAUGAGGCAAAUUUAUUUAAGCUUGAUCAAGGACCAUUGAAUUUCAUGCUUGUUGAAUAUCAAACUUAAUGUUAUUUUCAUUAGAAUGUCUUGAGUGUUUAUUACAUGAGCUCUCAAACAGCCUUCAAUCUGAAAACCAGUUCUAAUGUUUUAUCAAUGAGUAGAGAAUAACUUGCUGAUAUGUUGCAAUUUGGGGCUGAUUCCGUAUAGAAUAAUGGAAUGAAAAUCAUCUUUGACAGCUGUCAGUACCGAUCCUGUAUGAAGCAAAUGUGCAGACUCCAUCAGGCAUGAGCGUGCAAAAACAACUAGCACAAUUGGUUUCCAUUUGCAAACAGUCUCAAUAAAGGCAGUUGAUACGAGAAGUGGAAAAUGACACUGGUAUUUAGCAGCAGUGAGGGGUCUGAAGUGAAAUGGAAAUAGUUAUUCAACUAGUUCAUCAAAUGACUAAUCGCUAUUGAUCCUGGUUACUGAAAAGUGUUUUAAUUUUUUGUUGUACAAUUUGGUACUUUUGUGUCACUUAAAAAUCGAAACCUUGAACUGAUUACAGCAAUCUAGUGAAAUGUUCCAGUCCUACAAACAAUGCCAUGAGCUAACAAAAAUGGUGGUUAUGAUUAUCAAAUGGAAAUUUGCUCAGCCAAGUUAGUCCUUUUUGUUCUGAAGUGAUGUUCCUCCUUGCAAAGUUAUUUAUAUAACUUUGGGAUUCAAUCUAUUUCAGCCACUGAGUAAUUAAGCCAUACAGACUAAUCUAUUUUGCAUUCAGUCAGGGCAUCUCUUAGACAUACUACUCCAUAGAUGUCAACUGUGAAGGAAAUGGAAGCAAAUGGCAGUUAUUGCUAAGACAUUAUGUUCACUAUUGGCAAAUAAUACCUAGGCAGUUGUUUUUAAAAGAAGGGCAUUUGGAUGACAAGCCAAUGGUGACUUAUGGAUUUGAAACUAUGCAACAAGCAACAGAGAUAGGAAUAAAAUUAAAGAAACAACACAGUCUUUAGUCCUGCUGAUUUAAAGGAACAAUUACUAAGUCAAGAAAAACAUGGCAAGGCAUAAAAUUAUGCCUUGAAUACUGCAGAUAUGGAAUCAUAGAAUUCCUACAAUGUGGAAGCAGGCCUUUGAGUCCACACCUACCCUCCAAUGAGCAUCCCACCCAGACCCCUACCCUAUCCCUGUAACCCCACAUUUCCCAUGACUACCCCCCUCACCCCCGGCCUGCACAUUCUCUACACUAUGGACAAUUUACCAUGGCUAAUCCAUCUAACUUGUUAUCUUUGGACUGAGGAAAUCGAUGUAGACAAGGGGAGAAUGUGCACACUCCAUAUAGACAGUUGCUAUAGAGUGGAAUCAAACCUGGGUUUCUAGCGCUGUGAGGCAGCCGUGCUAACCACUGAGCCAUCGUACUGCCCUUAAAUUGUAUGGCAGCAGCUACAUGUAAAACAUGUUCUUUGUACCAUUUUCUGACAUUUUGUUUUCCAUUUUGAGAAAAUAUCUGUUAAGUUUCUGUGCCUCUGGAAUUCUCAUCUCAGCUGGAUGAUAGCUUAAAUAUUUCCUGAUCACUUUUAAGGUUCAUACUUACAAUUGCACCCAUGAUGUAAUAUAAUUUAAAAUUUCGAAGUGAACUUUAGAUGUUUUUAUAACUGUUUUAUACCUAUGAUGUCUUUAUUAGUGAUCUUUAGUCAACGUGUUUUAUUGUUCUACAAAUACAUUAAUUCCCAUUUUUAAUGUAAGAAAUAGGAUUAAUGCUUAACAGUCAUAAAUUUUCUACCUGCUUUUUAAUCAAAUGCAGCAUCAGUAGAUGGUGGCACCUUCCAUAGAAAUUUAAAGGGGCAUUUGGCCUUCAUUGUUGCUGAUUUAAUUGCCAUUUUUGACUCCAUUCUUUUUUUUAAUCAGUAGAAAAUUGCUGUUUUUUCUGCCCUCGAAUGAAUAAAGGUAAUCCGUGAAUUCUACUGAUUGCAGUUGUACCAGAUUAAAACAAAAUGCCAGAAAUACUCUGCAGGGGCUGGCAGCAUUUAUGGAGCGAGAACAGUUUCUGAAUCGAUGAUCUUUCAUCAGUCCUUGGGGGCCAAAAUGAAAUUUGUCAGUUUUAAGAUGUUAACUCUGGUUGUUUGUCCAUAGACAAUGCCAGACCUGCUGAAUAUUUGAGGGUUUUUUUGUCAACACUGCUGUUUUUGUGUUCCUUUGGAAAUUUUAUAUUCAUGCAACCACUACUCAUUUAAUCCUACGGACUUCAGUUUUGCUCAUAAGUUCAAGCCACUUUUUCAAUUUUUAUGAUUGUACAGUUGUCCAUCUAACAAUCCUCUUCAGCUGGCAUGUGCUUGAAAUUUCCUCGGUAGUUUAUCUUCAAGCAAUAACACUCAACUAUUGGUACAGUUUCAGUUCCAAGUAGGUAGUUUCAUUUAGUUCCAUUAAUUCAAGAUCCUUUUUUUUCCCCAUUUCUAUUAAAUAAGAUGUAUUAAACAUGUCAGACUUGUUGUCUAAACCUUCAUCCAUUUAAAUGAUAACUUCAAAAAACUGUAUCUGAACUGAAUUUCCAGUACAGGUCCCUUCAUAUCUGUGGGCCUGAGAUCUAGUCACAACACAAUCUUAAAACAAUUCAGACUGUAUCUCUUGUAGCAACUCAGUUUCUCGUAGCUUUUUUUGAACCAGCCAGUUCAUUUCUCUAAUUAAAAUCAAUACUUUGUAUAGGGAUUUCUUUCACUACUCCAAUCACAUUUCCUUAGUCAUAGCUUAAUCCAAAUCUGUAUAAUCAGACUGUUUGUAACCUGUGUAUAUCUCCAGUUAAUAUUUUCUUUCAUUAACCUCUGGAAGACUAACACUAUCCUCAGUACACAUUAGUUAGUGACUGACUAACUCUACUGUGUUGCAAUAUCUUUAUUGACUUGUAUCUAAUUCAAGGAAUAAGGAAAUAUCCUCCUUUUUGAGCAAAACAUUCAGAACAUUGAGUUGUCCUGAUUCUGUAUUAAUAUUCAAAGAAAAAUGUUCGUGAUUAGCAUGAGUUACUAAUCAUUAGUAAAAUCUAUGGGAACAUAA